AUGGUGGGACCAUCCCUGUGGCAGCAGCACAGGGACAGCUUGGCUGGCUUGCUGGGCCUGCUCAUAGUGCAUGCCAACGAAGUGGAGAAACGAAGCGCAGCAGAGGCGGGGGCACAGGACAGAGGCCGCCCAGCAAUGCUGGAAGAUGAUGAAGGACAUGGUGGAAACACGGCAGAGUGGUGGUGGCGGGAAUGGUAUCAGACCACCUACUGCCUGGCCAACAGCAACUCCAGCACGUUCACCACGGUGGAGAUGGGUGCUAUGUUGAGGCGAUUCAUGGCCACCGAGCUGGACCCAGAGUCAGCGUACAUCUUCAGGCUGAUGAUCAAGAUGAGGCUGAGCGGGGCCCGUUUUGUGGGGCCGCUGCCAGUGUUGAGCCCAGCAUUGGUCACGGUCCUGUGCAUCGAAGCGACAGGGGCUGUUCCGGUGCGGCACCCUCGGGGAAUCCAGCAGGGGCUUGCCGGGGACUGCAGGGGACAGCGGGAGGAGGAGCAGCCCCUGCAGCAGACAGGGGAGACGAUGGGAAGGCUGCUGUCCCGCCCAGUCCCAGGGCCCAGGCAGCCAACUCUGGGUGUAGCGGCUGACUCAGAGGGUCCUCUCAUCUUGUCCUCGGGGCUCCAGUGCCAUCCUCUGGGAUCCUUAUCAUUUGCGGAUGUGACUGUGGGCUUUACCCAGGAGGAGUGGCAGCACCUGGACCCUGCUCAGAGGACCCUGUACAGGGAGGUGAUGCUGGAGAACUAUAGCCACCUUGUCUCAGUGGGGUGUUGCAUCCCUAAACCAUAAGUGAUCCUGAAGUUGGAGCAAGGAGAGCAGCCAUGGAUGCUAGAGGAAGAGUCCCCACGUCAGAGCUACCCAGAAGUCUGCAAAGUUGAUAGCCAAGCAGAAUCGACUCAAGAAACCCAGGAGAGACAUUUCUGGCAAGCUCCAUUUAUCAACAACAAAAUACUGCACAGAGGUAACGUAUUAGGAAACAUUUUUAAUUUCAGCACAGACACAGUUCCUUCCAUAAAAAUACCGUGUAGGUGUGACUCCUGUGGUAUGAAUUUGAAAUGUAUUUCAGAAUUAGUUAUUAAUAAGAAAACCUAUUUAAGUAAGAGGCUGUUGUCAGUUCUUAAUAUAACUCAGAGAACACACAUAGGAGACAAUGUCUAUGAAUGUAAUGAAUGUGGAAAAACAUUCUGCAAAAAGUCAAAACUCACCAAACAUCAGAACACACAUACAAGAGAGAAACCCUAUGAAUGUAAGGAAUGUGGGAAAUGCUUCUCUCACAAAUCUCUCCUCACUUUACAUCAGUGAGGCCACACAGGAGAGAAACCCUAUGAAUGUAAGGAAUGUAGAAAAAGCUUCUACCAUAAGUCAUAUCUCACAGUACACCAGAGAAUUCACACAGGGGAGAAGCCAUAUGAAUGUAAUCAAUGUGGAAAAACCUUCGUAAGUAACUCAGUCCUCACAGUACAUCAGAAAACACACACAGGCGAGAAACCCUAUGAGUGUAAUCAGUGUGGGAAAUUCUUCUCUAGAAACUCCUACCUCAGAGUACAUCUGAGAACUCACACAGGGGAGAAGCCCUGUGAAUGUAAAGAAUGUGGGAAGUUCUUCUCUAGGAAUUCAUACCUGACAGUACACCAGAGAACUCACACAGGAAAGAAACCCUAUGAGUGUAAAAAACGUGGGAAGACCUUUUGCCAUAACUCAGUCCUCAAUUCACAUCAGAGAACUCACACAGGUGAGAAGCCCUAUGGAUGUAAUCAGUGUGGGAAGUCAUUUUCUGAGAAACCAGUUCUCACAGUACAUCAGAGAAUACACACAGGGGAGAAACCUUAUAAGUGUAGUGCAUGUGGAAAGUCCUUCUAUCAUAAGUCAGAUCUCACUAAGCAGCAGAGAACACAUACAAGAGAGAAACCCUAUGAAUGUAAUCAUUGUGGGAAAACCUUCAGUUGCAACAUGGACCUCAAAGUACAUCAGAGAAUACACAUAAGAGAGAAACCCUGUGAAUGUAUUGAGAGUGAGAAAACCUCCAAGAAAUCAGUUAUCACAGUACAUCCAAGGUUACACACAGGGGAAGAAAAUUUAUGA